AUGAAUCCUGUAAAGCAGACGCAGCGUGUACUGGAGCUGGCGCGCGGCGGCGGCGACCCUUACAGCGACCUGAGCAAGGGCGUGCUGCGCUGCCGGACCGUGGAGGACGUGCUCACACCGCUCGAAGACUGCUUCAUGCUGGACGCCAGCGCCGUGCUGGACUUUGGCGUUCUGGCCAGCAUCAUGCAGAGCGGCCACACGCGCAUCCCUGUAUACGAGGAGGAGCGCUCCAACAUCGUGGACAUGCUCUACCUCAAAGACUUGGCCUUCGUGGAUCCCGAGGACUGUACGCCGCUUAGCACCAUCACCCGCUUCUACAACCACCCUCUCCACUUCGUCUUCAAUGACACCAAGCUAGACGCUGUCCUGGAGGAGUUCAAGCGAGGAAAGUCCCACCUGGCCAUCGUGCAGAGGGUGAACAACGAGGGCGAAGGGGACCCCUUCUACGAGGUGCUGGGCCUGGUCACCCUGGAGGACGUCAUCGAGGAGAUCAUCAAGUCCGAGAUCCUGGACGAGUCUGAAGACUACCGAGACGCCAUGGUGAGGAAGAAGCCUGCUUCCCUGAGCGCCCCUCCCAAGCGCAAGGAGGAAUUCUCCUUGUUCAAGGUGUCGGACGAUGAAUAUAAAGUGAAACUCUCGCCUCAGCUGCUCUUGGCCACCCAGCGCUUCCUUUCCCGAGAGGUGGAUGUCUUCAGCCCGCUGCGGAUCUCCGAGAAGGUGCUGCUGCACCUGCUGAAGCACCCCAGCGUCAACCAGGAAGUGAGGUUUGACGAGCGCGACCGCCUGGCAGCGCACCACUACCUGUACCAGCGCAGCCAGCCUGCCGACUACUUCAUCCUCGUCCUGCAGGGCAGGGUCGAGGUGGAGAUCGGGAAGGAGGGCCUGAAGUUCGAGAACGGGGCCUUCACCUACUAUGGAGUGUCUGCCCUGACGGCGCCGUCUUCAGUUCACCAGUCCCCAGUGUCCUCGCUCCAGCCCACCCGCCACGACCUGCAGCCCGAGCCAGCCGAUGGCACCCGCUCGUCCACGUACUGUCCUGACUACACCGUGAGGGCCCUCUCUGACCUGCAGCUCAUUAAGGUCACACGGCUGCAGUACCUCAAUGCACUCCUGGCCACCCGGGCCCAGAACCUGCCGCAGUCCCCUGAGAGCAUCGAUCUCCAGGUCAUCCCAGGCAGCCAGACCAGGCUCCUCGGGGAGAAGACUGCUGGGGCAGCAGGGUCCAGCCACAGCAGGCCCGGCUUCCCAGUGGAAGAGAGCCCGGGGCGAAACCCAGGAGUUUGACUCUUGCGAGGCAGCUCCAGAUCUGGGGAUCGGACAAGUACGUGGGGAGCCGGAGCAAGCCAAGCAGUCCCCGCCCCUCCAGACCACGUUUUAGAUGGUCUUACAGAUGUGGGUCCUGGGCUGCCUCCGACCCAGGCGGCAGUGCCAGGGGUCUGCAGCAGGCCCUGCCCUCCUUUAGGAAAUGGGGGUCAGCCAGGACACAGCCCUCCAGGCCUGCUUCGGGAAGGCACGAGAGGAGUGUCAUCAUCCGUCGUCCCCUUCCCCCCUCCCAAGGCAGUGACAGUGCAGGGUCCUAUACCUCUCUGGGCCUCGCCAGGAUGUGAGUGCUCAGUCACUGCCUUCUGCAGCCAUGACCUGUCCUCACUCUGCUUCGAAUUUGCCAGCCUCUUGCUGCUGGCAGCACUUUGAGCAAGCCAAGAGCACUAGUCUGGGCCUCGUCCCUGGUGUCGAGGUGACACUUUCUGGCUUCCCUUUCAAUGCCGUAUUUAACGCAUGUGCCCUGGCCUUCCCCAGGUGCCAAACCCCAGGGCACUGUGGCCCGUGCGUCUGUCCCUCCAGUCCCGCUCCCUCCUAUGGAGGCUGCUCUUUGGAGCCCUGGGCCGGUGAGCUGGCUCCUGCCAGCACCGCCCAGGGAACCCACGCUCUGCUUCUCUGCCCGCCGCACCGACUUGCCACGAACAGUACUGCCUCUUCCCAUGUUAAGAGGCCACGCGUGGGAGGAAGGGGCCCGUAUGCUGCAUCUGCUCCUUUACUCUGCUCUCGGGGCAGGUCUGCCGUCUGCUCUGCCCCGUCCUGCCUUCCCACGGGCCCUGGAGGUGGUGUGCAGCUGCAGCAUGCUUGGGGAACAGCAGGGGGAGAGGACGCGCACCAGCUGGGUGGAUCCUUCCUCUUCUUUAAAAAAACAAAAACAAAAGAAAUCAGCGUUUUCCUUAUAUCCCUGAAACAUUUCAAGUUCUUUGCUUAUUUUCUGUUCCUAGCCAUGGGAUUUUAGAGAAGGGGGAAUGAGAAUGCAUCGGUGUUUUUUAAUUCACCUGUAUUUCCUCAGCUGGGGCAUCCCAGGGACAGGAUCACAGAUUAGGGAGAGAGGAGGGCUUCUGGAGCCUUUCUCAAAAGAGUCUAGGUCCUUAUAGAUAGGACUGGUGGCCAAAAGAACAGUGGUGCGCUUGCUCAGAAACUGUUCUCAGGGCAAACCCGGGUGGGAAACAGUGAAAAUCAUCUCACCCUCCAGAACAGCUGUCUUCCCCUCAGCUGCACACACAGCGCCCCUGGUUAAUUAUCAGUCCGGCAGCCGGGCCACCCCCGGGGUGUCUGGUGUAGUCUGGGCAUUGGGGUUUUCUUUUUGAGGUAUUUUACAAUUCCCCGAAGAGUUCCAUAUGCCCCUCUCCCAGCUUUCCGAAUGCCAACAUCUCAUGUAGCUUUGGUACCUUCAUCAAAACGAGAACAUUAAUGUUGGUGCAGUACUAUUAAAUACCGACUCAGACUUUCCCGUUGUUUCCAUGAAUCCUUUUUGCUUCAGGAUCCGGAUCCAAUCCAGGAUACCAAGUUGCACUUAGAGCUAUUGCUCCCCCCCCCCUGUAUUUUGAAAUAAUUACAGAUUCAUAGGAAGUUACAGAGAGGCCCUACACCUUCCCUCUGUCACAGUGGUGACAGCCUACAUAGUUACAGUGUAGCAUCAGAACAGUGCGGAGCUCUCAUUCUGUGUUGCCCCUGUAACCACCUCUGCGGUCCAGAUGCCAAACGAUCCCACCACAAGGACCUCUCUCGGCCUGUCCCCCCACCAUCCCUUGCCACUAAUCUGUGCAUCUGUGUUACUUUGUCAUUUCGAGGAUGCUGUAUAAAUGGAAUCGUGGGGCAUGUAACUCUUUGGGAUUGGCCUUUUUCCCUCCUUGUAACUCUCUGGAGAUUCAUCGGGCUGUUGCGCAGCCGUAGUUGUUCCUUUCUGUUGCUAAGUGGUAUUCCAUGGUAUACUCAGUGUCCCUUUGAAGGACAUCUGGGCUGUUCCCAGUUUUUGGCUAUUCCAAAUAAAGCUGCCACGAACAUCUGUGUACGGAUUUCA